GCACAGCACACACAAUAUAACAACCUAACACAUACUUAUUCCAAACAUGCAUCUGUUUUUUCUUGUCAGUGGGAUUGCCCUAUUUCCACAAGCCUAUACCCUCACAUGUAACAAGUGUAGAACAGGUGGUGCCACAUGUGGAGGUUCUGAAGAGCAGUGUCCUGCUGAGUUCACUCGCUGUACAGCGAUGAGACUAUUUAUGUUCCAGGGAAAUAUAAAACGUUAUGAUGAGAUGUAUGGAUCUUGCGCCAAGCCGGAGCAUUGCACCGAUGCCUCUUUUAAUGGAGGGGUUUUGGAAAAUUUUAUUACAACCAAGUGCUGUGACUCCGACAAAUGCAACACUGAGAAGCCGCCCGAACCAAUUCGUAAAACCAACCCCAAUGGAUUAAAGUGUUACCGCUGUGAUGGAAAAUCAGACUGCACUGGGACACUGAACUGUGACGGAGACCAAAUCUACUGUGCCAGUGGUGAAGGUGAACACGGAAUUAUCAAAGGAUGUGCCACCAAGAGCAUGUGCGUCGACCCAUCUCCACUUAUAAAGACAGUGAGACCUCUUAAGUGCUGUGACAAAAACUACUGCAAUGGAGGCACAAGCACCAGUGCCAGUCUGCUGCUGUUGACCACCACGCUACUCUCACUCUUCUUUUUCUCAAACUAAAAACAAUAUUUAAAGGUGCACUAUGUAACUUUUCUGGUGGGGAGUUUGCCACUUGCUAUUCUAACUUAUCUUAACUUAUCUAUCAUGCAUUUAUUCUUGUGCAGGUGUUUCUAUUGCUAAAAACAAUCUUUCAUUUCGUCAGUUUUGGGUGUUUUUAUGGUUUAAAAAACACUUGAAAAACAUGCAUUCUUACAAUCUCCAUAUAUUUGACCAGUAACUCGUUGUGGUGUCACUUGAUUGUCCCCAUGGAGAUUGAUACGCUUAAAGCUAUACUAUGAAACAUUCUAGGUAAAGAUGCAAAUCACCUGUAGCGUUUUUUUGUUGCUUUUUUUGUUUUUUUUUGUUUUGUUUUUUGUUAACAAUUUUAAUCUGAUCCGACCACAUGCAAAAUAAAAUGUACUUCCCAAAUGUAGAAUG